UUAGAAGCAGCAAAACCAGAGAUGGUAUGUAUAUGUAAAUGUAAGCCCGAUCCAAACCCGGUCCGGUCCGGCUGGCCGAUGUUCAGUCCAGAUCAUUUUCUCACACAAAAAACACCAUACCCCCAAGUCUUUCUCCCAAGGGCAACGCACAACACAACACAACUCAACACAACUCUCUCUCUCUCUCUCUCUCUCUCUCUCUCUCUCAAACUUGCUCAUUGCGAAAAACAGGUUGCAAGCAAUGCUGGGUAUGGAUUAUUUUUUCUCUCUCUCUCCAUUAGUGAAGAAUUGAAGCUCCAAAAAAGGCCAUUUUUGCAUGUGGGGGUUUUCACUUCAAGAGUUACUGAAUUGAAGACAACUGAGAAGUGAGAGAUGUAUUACAAUAAAGUGGAGGCCCUUCGAGAAAAAGAAGUUGCUGAAAAGCUGAUUAAUAGUAAUGAUUAUGUUAGUGCCAGGGACAAAUUACUAAAAGCCCGGCAGCUUUUUCCAUCACUUGAACACAUCGUUGCAAUGCUGACUGUCUGUGACAUUCUGUCUGCUUCUAAAAACAAAAUUCCAGGUUAUGACACCGAUUACUACUGGGUUCUUCAUCUUAUGCCCUCGUCAAGCAUUUCUGAUAUAAAAUGUCGUUACCAGAAGCUUCUCAAUUUGCUGGUACCUAUUAAGAAAAAGUUUCCUGGCACUGAAUUGGCUCUUAAACUCAUAAAGGAUGCAUUUUCUGUGCUUUCAGACGAAGAUAAGCGUUCUUCAUUUGAUUUAAAGCGUGAAACGAGCUGGGCAGGUUAUCAAUCACUUGACGUACAAGCAUCAUUCAAUUAUGGUAUAUCAGCUAGAGAGACAGGAAUUACUAGGGUUUCUUCUGGCGAAGUUUUGGAAGGGAAGAACGGAGUAAAUUUGUCAACAGACAUGCUCUCAGAGAGGGUGAGAGAUUUGGGACCUGAGCUACUAGCUAAUCAUAACAUUAACAAACAAUGUGCAAAUGUUAGUCUUCAAGAACCGAGCGCAUGUUCUUCAACCGUGAACUCUCAUGGAAACACGGGGGAGGAGAUUGACAUGCCCAUGGACGAUACAAACUUGCCACUAGAACUGCAUCAGACCAAUUUCGAAGGAACUCCAUCUUUGCCGUUUGGUGUUGGGGCUUUGAAAAGGCCUGAUCAGGACUUUUACGACUUUGGGAACAUUAGAAAACCCGAUUUUUUUGAAACGGGGCAAGUAUGGGCUACUCACUACCAGUCAGAUGAGCCUCGAAAUUGUCGAUAUGCUCUAAUUAAGAAUAACGUGAAAUCUUCUGCAGGGGUUACAUGGUUGAAACCAGUCCCUAUCAGUGACGGAGAGAGAAGAUGGUGCGAUGCAGGCUUGCCCGUGGCUUGUGGACCCUUUUGUCUGGAUUUAGAUAAGGGUGAGCAGGUGAGUUGCAUAACAAUAUUUUCAUACAAAUGCUUGUGGGUUCAUGGAGUAACGGAGGAACAAUUUGAGAUUUUCCCCAAGAAAGGUGAAAUUUGGGCACUCUACGAGGAUUGGGACAUCGAUGAAUGGUCCUAUAAUCCUGAAACUGUCAAGGGAUGCAAAUUCAAAUUUGUUGAAAUGCUCUCGGAUUUUUCAAAAUAUUUGGGUGUAGACGGUGCAUGUUUGGUAAAGACAGAUGGUUUCAGGAGCAUCUUUGAGAGACUAACAGAAGAAGGAAAUCCUGUCAUUCUUCACAUUUCCCCGACAAAUUUGUACAUGUUGUCUCAUAUGAUUCCGGCAUAUAGGGUUACCGGUGGUGAGAUUGAUGGACUUAUAGAAGGAAUGUUUGAGCUUGACAAUUUAGCAUUGCCGAAUGAUAUGCCAAGUGAUUCGGACAACCAAAUUGCAUCAACUGUGGAAAAUUCGGACAGUUCUGUUGUUUUUACUGGUUCCGCAGAACAACUUCCUUCACUUCAACCCCUGAAGCCAUACCCAGAGAGCAAAAUAUUAGAGGCAACUUGGUCUCUGAACGAGUUCAACGCCGGUCAAAUCUGGGCUGUGUAUAGUGGGAAAGCUUCAAUGCCUCGGCAAUACGCACGCAUAAACAACGUGAGUUCAGGUAAUCAAGUAUGCGUUUCGAUUUUAGAACCACAACCCAUUUUUGAUUAUGAAAAGAUAUGGAAAAAACAGAGCCUACCCAUUGUUUGUGGAAUGUUUGGAACUACCGGAACAAAUGUGAACUUGGAAAUUUCACAAUUCUCCCACGUAGUUCGAUGCCAACAAAGCACAACCAAGUCGGUCUACAAAAUUUACCCGAUGAAGAAUGAGAUUUGGGCAAUGUACAAGAAUUGGAACAAGAAAUGGAAGUACUCGGAUUAUGAAAACAGCCAAUUUCAAUUCGUUGAAAUUCUAUCGGAUUUUACAGAAGGAAACGGGAUGAUGAUAGCGAGACUGACGGAGGUGAAGGGUUGUCUGACUUUCUUCCACAGGCAACAGUUUGACGGGUUUGAUCUGACUCGAACAGUUUCAAAACCUGAUUUGCUUAGUUUCUCUCACCGGAUUCCCGCUUAUAGAGUGCCAGGGAUCGGGCACCAUGGCAUUCCGGAAAGUUCUUGGCAUUUGGAACCUAAUGCCUUGGCUUGCCAGUAUGAAUCUGAAUCAUGCACCAUCAGAGAGAACCUGUAAUUGUGUAAUAUGCAUUUUGCUGACAUUUGAUUUGUUGACUACAGGUUAGUGUAGAUUCAAGAAACAUGACAUGGGUUUCUUCCUUUCACUGAGGAAGUCAUGUAAUUUAUUGAUAACCAUCCAAAGAGGCAUUGAACAACAUUGUUUGUAAAUUUUCAGAGAAUGCUUGGCUCAUUGGAAAGUUGGCUUUUCUCAAUGAAUGAGAUUUUCCAAGAAAAUUAUAUUGACCUCC